CUGAACUUCGACUUGGAUCGUGGUGUGUUCCCUGUGGUCAUCCGAGCGGUGGUGGAUGAAGGGGAUGUGGUGGUUGAAGUGACGGGUCAUGCCCAUGUUCUUCUGGCUGCGUUUGAAAAGCACGUUGAUGGCAGUUUUUCCGUGAAGCCGUUAAAACAGAAGCAGAUCGUUGACCGAGUGAGCUAUCUGCUUCAGGAGAUCUACGGCAUCGAGAACAAAAACAACCAAGAGACCAAGCCUUCAGACGACGAGAACAGCGACAACAGCAACGAGUGCGUGGUUUGCCUGUCGGACCUCCGCGACACCCUCAUUCUGCCCUGCAGACACCUCUGUCUGUGCAAUUCCUGUGCUGACACCCUGCGCUACCAGGCCAACAACUGCCCCAUCUGCAGGCUGCCCUUCCGCGCCUUGCUGCAGAUCCGGGCCGUGAGGAAGAAGCCGGGGGCUCUGUCGCCGGUGUCGUUCAGCCCUGUCUUGGCACAGAGCGUUGACCAUGACGAGCACUCUAGCUCCGACAACAUCCCUCCAGGCUAUGAGCCCAUUUCCUUGCUGGAAGCGCUGAAUGGCCUUCGCUCAGUUUCCCCCUCCAUCCCGUCAGCUCCUCUGUAUGACGAAAUCAACUACUCCGGCGUGGUGGAUGGGAUGCCACCUGCGAGCCGACCACUUGUUGGGAUGGACAGAGCUGUGGAGAGCGGCCACCAAAAGGGCAAGCGGAGCAAGUCUCCGGAUAGCACACUACGGUCUCCCUCGUCCCCGAUCCAUGAGGAGGAUGAAGAGAAGCUCUCCGAGGACUCCGACUCGCAGCCAGUGCUGAGCGGGGGUGAGCUGGUCCUGGGAGAGACCAGCUCUCCAGAAAGCGUGGCAGAGGAGGAGAUCGAGGAGGCGCCAUCCCUGCAGCAGGGCAGCCGCCCGCCCUCCGUCGAAGAC